AAUUCGACAGACGAAGAAGAAAAAGUAUAAGACACACGAAGAAGAGUCCCGUUGAGCCUCGUGAAGCGGGAACAGUCAGCCGUCUAUCAUGGACUGGGGUCAGAGUGAGCUGCUGUCUCCGGUGGUUCGAGACGACGAGGUGACCAUCGCUGCCCGCAGGAGGAAGAAGGUGGCCUUCCCAUCACCCGGUGCUGGCAGCCCCAUCGCCUCCACGGUAACGCCGGCCCGCUCACUGCUGAGGAACACUCCAGCUUCACUGUACAGACAGGCUGUGACUCCCAGGGUUCCAGAUGUUUCCUCCAUUUUGGCUCCAGGAGGUCGAACACCUCGAUACACACACACACCCAGAAACGCACUCAGCAGUAUGAAUUUGGAUGACAGCGACUGGACGAACAGCAUGUACAUCUCGCCUGUUUCGGGUUUGGAGAACACGAGCUUCUUCACAGACGACAUCACCAACCUGAGCUCGGCUCUGCUGAAGGAGGACGACCCCGGAGAGGCCGCGGCCGCCAGUCUGUUCCCAGAGUUCCUGGCGUCCUUUCUGAAACACUCUUCUUCUGCGGUGUUUGAGCUGCUGGAGGAUUAUCAGUCUCUCUGUCGGGACAAGCUGGACGUGCUGCAGUCUGUGGUCCUCAGGGCGGGACAGAACAGUAAGACAGCAGGAGUCCACUGGCUGCUGCAGCAGGAGAACUGCACCUGGAGACUCAUCACCUCCCUGUACAGGGACCGGGUCCAGUUGGCGCUGGAGGAUGACAUGAUGACAGACAUGGUUGUCCCCAGUGAGAGUGAGAAGGUGGUGGUGGAGCAGCUGUUCCAGCGGGACGCCGUCAUCCGUCAGAGUCAGCUGGUCGUUGAUUGGCUGGAGAGCAUCGCCAAGGAUCAGAUCGGAGAUUUUUCGGAUAAUAUCGAAUAUUACGCCAAAAACGUCUGCUGGGAGAACACACUCCACGCACUGAAGCUGAGGAGAAAGAGCGGCGCCGCCUUCACCGUCCCUCUGGUCACGGAGCUGGACCCGGACGCUCCCCUCCGGCAGCAGCGGCCCCUGGCUGACCUGGACCGAGAGGACGACGCGCGACUGCUGAAGAACCUGUUCACUCUGAUCAGAGCCGGGAUGACUGAGGAGGCUCAGAGGCUGUGUAAGCGCUGUGGUCAGGCGUGGAGAGCAGCGACCUUGGAGGGCUGGAAACUCUACCACGACCCCAACAUGACCUCAGGCAGUUUGGAGCUGCAGCCUGUCGAAGGAAACCCGCAGAGAGGAAUCUGGAAGGCCUGCUGCUGGAGGAUGGCUGAGGAGGAGCAGUUAAACAGAUAUGAGCGAGCGAUCUACGCUGGCCUGAGUGGAAACCUCAAACCACUGCUGGCGGUGUGUGAGUCGUGGGAGGACUGUGUGUGGGCGCACUUCAGAGUGAUGGUGGACUCACUGGUUGAAAAGGAGCUCAUGUCGUCAGGAAUGGCUCACCAGGAAGUAGAGACGCUGCCCAGAGAGUACCUGGAGGCCAACUGGACGAUGGAAAAAGUGUUUGAGGAACUUCAGGCUUCUGAGCUGAAGAGGGUGUUGGAGGAGACCAGAGAGCAUCACCACGUCAUCCAGAAGUUUGUCAUCCUGGGAGACCUGGACAGUCUGUUGGAGGAGUUUUCUGAUUGGCUGACAGCCUCUAAGCCCCUCCCCUCUCACCUGCUGCGUUUCAUGACUCACCUGCUGCUGUUUUUACGCUGUCUGGGUUUGGCGCUGAAGGAGGAGGUGUGUGUGGACGUGCUGAAGGCGUACGUCUCCCUCCUGAUCCGCGAUCAGCAGACUGACCUCGUGGCGAGCUACGUCACCCAGCUGCCCUCCGAGCUCGCCACCAUUCAGUACGCCGCCUUCCUGGAGACCGUCAACCAACCGGAGCUCCGCCCCCACUGCCUGCAGCUCGCCACGGAUGCUGGUUUGGAUGUUGCCGCGGUGACGAAGCUGGUGGUGGAGACGGUGAGAGAGAGAGACGAGACAGAGUUUACACAUCACAGCCAGACGCUGGAGACGGGAACCACCAAGGAGGACCUGAGAAAGAUCGACAUCAUCGAUUGGCUGCUGUUUGACCCCGCCCAUCGAGCAGAGGCGCUGAAACAGUCGAACGCCAUCAUGAGGAAGUUUUUGGCUCUGCAGAAACACGACGCGGCGAAGGCGGUGUUCUCAAAAGUUCCCGAGGACUCGAUGAGGGAGAUUUACUGCCAGUGGUCGGGCGUCGGUCAGACUACGCCUCUUCCUGCGGAGGACGAGAACGCCAUCAGAGAACACCUGUGCAUCAGAGCCUACCUGGAAGCUCAUGAGGCGUUCACUGAUUGGUUCAGUCACAGCAGCUCCGCCCCCCAGAAACCAGCGCCCGCCCCCGAGGCCAAAUUCACCGAGAGAGUUGCCAAUGAGAUGAGAGAGAAGGAGUACCAGGCCUCUCUGUCUGCGUGGUCGUGUCGUCUUGAAGUUCUAACCGAAGACGUGAAAGAAAGAAUCUACAACGUGCUGCUGUUUGUGGAUGGAGGAUGGAUGAUCGACAACAGACAGGAUUCGGAGCCGGAUUCGGAGCGCAGCCACCAGAUGGCGGCGCUGCGUUCGCUGUGUCUGCCUCGCCUCAGCUUCCUGCUACUCAGCGUGCUGCAGAACUCCUCCAGACACCAGGAGGCGCUGCGACUCGCCGACAUCAUCUCAUCCGACCAACACCGCCUCUACCAGGUUUUCUCCAAAGAGGAGCUGCGGAGGUUCCUGCAGAAACUGAGGGAGUCGUCGCUCGCUCUGUUGGACCGAGGACUCGACCCACUCGGCUACGAGUUACAGCCAUAAACACACACACACACACACGCAUUGAGCUGUGUUUGACUUACUUUUGUUAUAUUGGAUUGUGUUCAUGUCUUUUUUUGCAAAAUAAAAGCCUGUUUCCUGUA